UGUCCCUGUACUGGCGUUUUGCCUCUUUGAUUGCCUUACGGAGGUCAUAGCUGGAUGUGGUUAAAUGUGGUGUUCGCGCUUUCCAGUUUUGUGUGAAUACUGCCAUCUAUCCACGGUUUCUGGAAUGGAUAAAUUGUAAUCAUCUCGGUAGGAACAACAUCCUGUAUGCACUUCCUGAUGAACACAGUCACUGAGUCAGUGUAUACGUCGACCCGGAAAAUUUCCCAGUCCGCAUGAUCAAAACAAUCCUGAAGCAUAGAUUCAGAUUGGUCAGACCAACGUUGAACAAUCAUCUUGGAUAUAGAUGUCCUCUGCCAUAGGAAUUGAUACAGUGUGAUUUCCUGAUAAGUGAACAAGGAAAAAGUGCAUAUCUGGUUUAGUGCAUGAAUCCAUUCACCAGUGGUCCCAAGCCAUUACGAAUACAGUAUAUCAGCAGUUGACUCUAUAUUACCAUUAGUAACCGUUAGCAAAGUUACUGUAUCCUCCCAUGUAAUACUGAAUUGUUUUACCAAUGAAUGUGAAGCUUUGAGUUGGACUGAAUGGACUCUCUAUAUCACUUCACUCUCCUCUCAUACUUAAGUCAUACAAGUUAAUGAUGUCUGCUCGACGCAUCUUCUGUAAUUUCAACAGGAAAAAGGGACAAGUCUGCAAGAGAGAAGGGACAUCUUUAAUUAAAAAGUAAUCCAAUCCCCCACUGGGUAUUUGAGAGAGCCCAUCCAACAGACAGGAUAGAAUUUUCUCCUUUUCUAGGCCAAAUCCCUUUAGACACAUGGAACAGGGACAGAGACUGCACGUGUGAAUGAAUGUGUAUGUUUGUCAUGUAACGAGCAACUGGGAAAUGUGUUCUACAGUGCCUCAGCAUACUGCAUGCUGUCGUGUAGACCAAGCCUCCACUCAACCGCUUCCAGGCCACUAUCUCUAAUAUACACCCCCCCCCACACACAGUAAAUAACCAGGUUGGAGAUGCUUACAGAGGCUAAGAGGAUUAUACGGUCCCUGAUUGAUCAGACAUCAUCUUCAUUUAGACAGGAAUGAGUGGGCACUGUCUCCACACACCAGGCCAGGGCUUUUCUAUGAUCAGUUUUGGCUCUCAGAUCAUAAUGAAUACGACAGGGGAGACCAGACCAGGCCAGACCAGCCCCUGAUGCUACAGGCCUGCUUUUUACAUGAUUAAGCUAAGGCGCUCACUGAUCAUAUUUUUUUAUUAUGAUGAUGGUAUCUCUAUAAAAGUCAGUGAAAAAAAUCAUUAAACUCUUCUAAACCACUUACCCCAGAUGAUGUUUGUAUGGUGACAUACUCAAGUACAUUCAUAUGUGUACGUGUGUGUUGCUCAAAUAUGCCUAUUAAUGUGUGUGUGUGUGUUUGUACGUGUGUGGGGCUCUUUGCUGUUGGAAUUUGACAUUUAGCAGGCAUUAAUAUCACAGGAGGAGCUGUGCCAAGAGAGAGAGAGAGAGAGAGAGAGUGUGUGUGUGUGUGUGUGCCACUCUACAGCUGCUUGUAACACACACACACAUGAUCGGGGGCUGCCAGCUCGCCUCCUGCGUUGGAAGGGUCAAGCCCCCUGCAGAUCCUCCGAGGUAUCGCCUGCAGACAUGAGAAUCAUAGCAGGUGUCGGAGAUUCCGGAGGAAAAGAGGAAAGCGACUUAAUAGACAUUAGCCAAUCAGAGUUAGAUAUGUACGUAAACUACCAGCCCCUGAUGCUCCUUCCUGACUUUGACAGUUCUUCUGUGCAGGUAUCGCACCUGAGCUCCACCCCGUCUCAGUCCCUCAGCACCAUGGUGGGACCCCCUCACCACCACCCCUAUCAUCACCACCAUCAUCAUCAUCACCACCACCCCUCCGUCAUCAGUGCCUCUGUCAACCCCGGGCAGCCCCUCCCGUCUCCCAUGAGCACCCUGGGCUCGCCGUUCAACGGGCAGGGCGGCUCGCCGUACUCCGUCAUCACCUCGUCCUCUCUGGGCUCCCCAGGUGUCUCCAUCCCCCCUACUCCCACCAUGGGCUUCAGCACACUCUCCAGCCCACAGAUGAACUCUCUGAACAAUGUGAGCAGCAGUGAGGACAUCAAGCCUCCUCCAGGCCUAGCUGGACUGGUGACAUGAACAGCUACGCUGCAUGAGCCCAGGGUCCAUGUCCAACACAUCUGUGCCAUCUGUGGGGACCGAUCCUCAGGGAAACACUAUGGCGUGUACAGCUGUGAAGGCUGCAAGGUUUUCAAGAGAACCAUCAGGAAGGACCUCAGCUACACGUGUCGAGACAGCAAGCAGUGCCUGAUCGACAAGCGCCAGCGCAACCGCUGCCAGUACUGCCGCUAUCAGAAGUGUCUGGCUAUGGGCAUGAAGAGAGAAGCGGUGCAGGAGGAGCGUCAGCGGGGCCGGGAGAAGAGUGAUAACGAGGUGGAGUCUACCAGUAGUUUUAACGAGGACAUGCCUGUUGAGAAGAUACUGGACGCGGAGCUGGCUAUCGAACCCAAGACUGAAGCCGACAUGGAGGCGAGCGCAGGAAACUCUAAGAACGACCCGGUCACCAACAUCUGCCAGGCAGCAGACAAGCAGCUGUUCACCCUGGUGGAGUGGGCCAAGAGGAUCCCCCACUUCUCUGAGCUGCCCCUGGACGACCAGGUCAUCUUAUUACGAGCAGGUUGGAAUGAGCUGCUCAUUGCCUCGUUCUCCCACCGCUCUGUGACAGUGAAGGAUGGUAUCCUAUUGGCCACGGGGCUCCACGUACACCGCAGCAGCGCCCACAGUGCCGGAGUGGGCUCCAUCUUUGACAGGGUGCUGACGGAGCUGGUGUCUAAGAUGAAAGACAUGCAGAUGGACAAGACUGAGCUGGGCUGCCUCCGAGCCAUUGUUCUCUUCAACCCAGAUGCCAAGGGCCUGUCUAAUCCUACAGAGGUGGAAGCCCUGAGAGAGAAGGUCUACGCCUCACUGGAGUCCUACACUAAACACAGAUAUCCGGAGCAGCCUGGCAGAUUUGCCAAGCUGUUGCUGCGUUUGCCUGCACUACGCUCCAUCGGCCUCAAGUGUCUGGAGCACCUCUUCUUCUUCAAGCUGAUAGGAGAUACGCCCAUAGAUACUUUCCUCAUGGAAAUGCUCGAAGCGCCGCACCAGAUCACAUGACACAAGUCUUACCCAUUGUAAAUACCCCCUAAACCCAAUUCCCAGAUCCCGUACCCCGGAGUACAACUGCUAUGAAGUCAAACUUGAGAGUUCUUCACUUGCAUAUUUUGUACCGAGCACAAUUAAUAAUGUGAAAAUAAAAAGUUUCUAUUGGUAUUUUAAGAAUUGAAACACUGUCAAAGGUGAAUUUUAAAGAGGAUUUGUUUUUGUAAAAAGAAGAGUAUUAAUUAUCAGAUCUAGCAACAACUGAAUGCAACAUGAAGUCUUAUUCAAUGAUGAAUGGUAUGAAAUACAGUUUCACCAGAAUAGAAUAUCUGUGCAAAUAAAAAGACAACUUUUAACAUAAUAAAUUGCU